CACUGAGUGUGGGCAAUAACUUUUGGUACCCUGUUUCAAGUUCACACAUUUAUUCGGCAUUAACAAAAAGAGUGGUUAAAAGCGAGGCGAGUGUCUUCAAAGGAUUCUAAUUUGAAAAUUAAUAUUCCAACUAAUAUAAAAUAACCAUAAAACAAACUACAAAAUGUCUUUCGAAGAGUUACUACAAGACGCAGGCGAGUUAAGCAGAUUUCUUGGCGAGGCUACACGUCCAAGAGUGCGAAAUGUGUUAUUACAAGCCAAAGCCGAGGUUGAGAAGGAAAUUGUCAAUUUAGAGAUGAAAGAGCGCAUUGCAGCCGAAAGAAAAGCAGCCGCUGCAACACCAAGAAGGUAUUUAGUGGAAUUGAAUGAGUAUGCAUGGGAUCAAAGUGACAAGUUUGUCAAGUUGUUCGUCACAUUGGAAGGUGUCCAAAACAUUGACGAAUCGAAUGUUGUCGCCACUUUCAAUGAAAAUUCAAUGGUAUUGCACGUUAGCGAUUUGAAUGGCAAAGAUUACGGUUUGACGAUCAACAACUUACUCGACAGCAUCAAUGUGGAGAAGAGUUAUCGUAAAGUGAAACAAGGCAUGGUCGCGAUUUAUUUGAAGAAAUUGAAUGAAGGCAAACACUGGGAUCACCUAACCACCAUACAAAAGCGACUGAAGCAGAAAUUAGAUGACGAUUUGAAAGGCUCUGAUGACGGCAAUCCAGAGAAUGCGCUUGUAAAUAUAAUGAAGAAGAUGUACAACAGCGGUGAUUCGAAAACUAAGCAAAUGAUCGCCAAAGCGUGGACUGAAGGCCAACAAAAGGCACACCUUGGCCAAGGGCCGGAAAUGUAGUGUAAAACAGUUUGAAGCAUAUAGUUACACCGCGCAUCAAUUUUUUGUUUCUUAUUAAACAGUUUACAGUUACUUCGAAUACGAAACAAUACAUUCUAUUUUGCGAUAUUUUGUAGUACAUACUAAUAUACAAUUAUUUUUAUUAUUUUUUUGUAAUAAUUUAAGUAAAAAUACAUAGUAACGGAUAUUCCAAAGUAAAAA